UAGUUUUUAUUACUUGUUGCAAGCCGUGUGGAACGGAAAACAUGGACCCGGCUAGAAGGAAAUUAAAUUUGCAGGGUUUGCUAAGAUAUGCUGUUGAACAAACUAAUGGCGAAGAAGCGACGGUGCACGAAGUCGAUCCAGAGCGUGCUGAAUUCUUACAAAAUGCGCUGAAAUCCAUGACCAUCGAUGUUAUUCAAGAAUUUGAAAAAGCAGUUGCCGUUUUGGAAAAUCAAUCGUCUACCAAAUCUGAAAGAUUGGAUAGUUUAAAUGUUAUACGAAGUUAUAUUGAUGAUCUUGACUUGGCAAAUAAUUUUGUAAAAUUUGGUGGUACAACUACAAUAUUGCGGUACACAAAGGAUUCAGAAAAGGAUUUACAAGCAUUAUCGAACGACAUUAUUGCAGAAAUGUCACAAAAUAAUCCGUAUUGUCAAAACCACUUUUUGAAUGAAAAUAUCAUUCCUCAACUUCUCAUAAAAUUAAACGACCCUGACGAAGAGUUAUCACGCAGUUCUAUUUAUGCUAUCUCUUCAUUGAUUCGGAACUUCGAGCCUGGUCUAAAAGAGUUUCUGCGAGUUGAUGGAAUUCAAGUUUUGGUAUCUUGCUUAAGAUCACCAAUUACAAAGGUUUACAUUAAAUCGGCAUUUCUCAUAUCCAGCCUAGCAUCCCAGAACGAAUCGAUAAAAGAAGACCUUAUUAAGAAUAACGCCGUUGAGGUACUACUAGAAAACAUAAACUAUAUCGAUGGAUUCGAUUCCAAAUUGGAAACAACGCUUUCGGCAUUACUAUCGCUCUCAUCGAAUUCUAACUGGGCCAUUACAAAAGAAAAACAAAUGGAGGUUACGACAGUACUUAAACAAAUAAUUUCCAAAAAUAAAGAGUUGGAUAAUUGUGAGGACACGGUAAAAUAUGCAGAGAAUAUUUUGGAAUAUUUGAAUGGACAAAAAGCAUAAGGAUAUUAAACUGUUCAUCUAAUAUGGAUUGUCAAUAUAAAAUGUAAAUAAAAUAAACUACGUGACAUUUUUAUUCAUA